AUGAGUUUAGCAUAUACGACGCGUGUAGCCGAUGGAGUCGACUUUGCAUACCGCGAUUCUGGAGCACCUCCAAACAAACAAGAUUACUGCACCUGCAUCAUAAUUCACGGACACACGUUCCACAGCGCUGUAUUCCUUCCUAUGAUAGAAGCUGCACAUUCAGUUGGCUAUCGCGUUAUAGCACCAAACCGACGCCUUUAUCCAGGAUCUACAACAUACACAAAGCAAGAGGUAGAAGCUUUGGAAUCGGGGACACCAGACGAGAUAGAGAGGGCCUGGACUCAGCAAGGAGGAUAUUUGUUGUCGUUUGUGGAUAACAUGAUACAGGAACACGAUCUCAAUGAAGUCAUUCUUAUUGGGUGGUCAAUGGGUUCAGGAUUCCUAAGCGCAACGGUGUGUUCUAUGCCGACAUUCGCUGCAGAUGCAAAAGCUCGACUUCGUCGCCACGUCAAGGGAUUGAUUUGGUGGGAUCCACCUUCACAAAUUCACGGGAUUCGAGAUCCUCCCUCUGGAGGAUGGCUACCACUUCUCGAUCAGAACCUUCCGCCAGAGCUUCGAGGGAAAGUAUUCGCGGAAUGGGUGAUGCAGUAUUUCCCCCAUGCCAACCUCAAAGAGAAGGACUGCAGCAAUUUGAUCUACAAGAACACAACACAGACAAAGCCUGCGACAUACAGCAAUUUUUCCUUUGAGGAAGUUCUUGGCAAAAUAGACAUUACGGCUGGGCAAAGAGGCGAUAAUACUGUCUCUGGUUCCUCGGAUUUUGUCCCUGGACGAAUUUUAUUUGAGCGGACUUUCUUGGACAAGGAAACGAGAAAGGAGUGGGGGGACAUACAGUUCAGUGUUCUAUACGGAGAAGAAUCCCCUUGGAAUGUUGUGUGGGCGGUGUGGGAGAUUGAAAGGCUGACUGAAAAGGCCGAAUUGCCCGUUUAUUUCAAAAGCAUUGCUGGAGCCAAUCAUUUUACUAUGCAGGAUAACGUUGCUGGGACAUACGAUGCUUUCAUACAGUGUAUACAAGCAAGCAUGGACAAGGGUCAUAAGGAGUCAGUAGUGCAGCUAAGCCGUUUGUUUCUUCAGCUUCUGUUCUUUGGAUAUUGUGCAUCUUCAAUGAGUUCUAUGUAUACAACACGUAUAGCCGACGGUGUCGAGUUUGCGUACCGUGAUUCAGGAGCGCCUGCGAGCAAGACCAACUACAUUACCAUCAUCGCCAUCCAUGGCCACACAUUUCACAGCGCGAUCUUUCUUCCAAUGGUCGAAGCGGCAUCGUCACUCGGAUGCCGGUUUAUCGCGCCGGACCGUCGCCUUUAUCCGGGCUCGACUCCAUAUACUAUCGAGGAGACACAAGCGUUUAAGUCGGACUCGCCUGCAGAUGUUGUGGGAGCGUAUUUAAAGCAGGGAGAGUAUUUGCUCUCAUUUGUGGACAAAAUGAUACAACAACACGACCUGAAAGAGGUCAUCGUCACUGGAUGGUCAAUGGGAGCAGCGUUUCUGAGCGCAAUGGUUUGUUCCAUGUCGACAUUUCCUGUGGACGCAAAGGCGCGACUGGUUCGUCAUAUUAAAGGGUUAAUUUGGUGGGAUCUGCCCGCGCAGAACCAUGGACUUCCAGACCCACCAUCCGGAGGAUGGGUAUUACUUCACGACGAGGAGAUACCGCUGGAGCAGCGAGGUCAGGCAUUCGUGGGAUGGGUAACACAAUACUUCCCUCAUCCCGACUUGCACAAGCGGGAUUGUACCAGGCUGAUAUAUCAAAAUACCACUCAACUGAAGCCCGCGACAUACAGCGAUUUCUCAGUGGAGCAAUUGCUCAGUAAAAUCGACGUUACAGGUGGGCCAAGUGGGGACGAUGCUCUAACAGGUGGUCCGGCCUUCCAACCUGGCAGAAUUUUAUUUGAUCGUACGUUCUUAAAUGAGGAGACCAGGCGGGAGUGGGGGAACACAUUAUUUAGUGUCCUCUAUGGAGAAGAAACCCCUUGGCCUAUUGUUUGGGCCGGGUGGGAGAUAGAAGCGAUCACUGAAAAGGCGGGAGUGCCUGUCAUAGUGAAGAGCAUGGCUGGAGCUAAUCAUUUUGUAAGUUUUUGGCAAUGGCAUGUACCAUCCAAACUUAUCCACAAUUGA